AGCAGUGGGGUGGUGGGAGACAUGGAGUGUGUCCGGGUUUUGAGGCAGCGUCUGCGGCCUGGCGUGCACUGUUUGCUUAGGAGGCGGAUUUGCUGUAGCUGUAGCCACCGCUAUCGUCUGCUCCUAGGAGGGUGCUCGUGGCGCUUUCCAGGUGCUGCGGCUGGGGCGCCGCUUGGCUGCAGGUCCGAAAAAUGCCGGUGGCACCGAAUUGACGGACAGACCUUACUUUGCGCAAAUGAUCUUUCUCAGCACUGCAGUACAGAGGUGACUCAGGCUACUCUAGCCAGUGUGGCACCAGUGUUUUCAGUGAUGAAGUUUGAUAAAGAAGGCAAUGUUACUUGCUAUGAAAGAAAGAAAACAGAACUAUAUCAGGAACUAAGUCUUCAAGCACGAGAUCUACGGUUUCAACAUCAAGUAAAUAUUACACCCAGAAACAACAAAAUUAUUAUGAGAAUGGAGUUUUUGAAGGCUGUGAUAACACCAGAGUAUCUUCUAAUCCUUGACUAUCGCAGUUCAAAUCUGGAAAACUGGCUAUUCCAAGAACUGGCAUCUCAGCUAGCUGGAGAAGGUCAACUAGUUACAUACUCUUUGCCUUUUGAAUUCAGAGCUAUAGAAGCAAUACUACAGUAUUGGAUCAGCUACCUGAGUGGCAAACUUAGCCAUCUGCAGCCUCAAAUUCUUGAGACACUGAAUGCUUUAGUGGAUCCUAAGCUUUUGUCUCUGGAUAGGAGCAAAGUCCAUAUCUUAUUGCAAAAUGGAAAGAGUUUGUCAGAAUUAGAAACUGAUCUUAAAGUUUUCAAAGAGACAAUAUUGGAAAUCCUAGAUGACAAAGAAGUCAUGGAAGAACUGUGUCUGACUAAAUGGACAGACCCAGAAGUAUUUGAGGCAAGUCUCUCUGGAAUUGACCAUGUGGAGGAGAUGGAACUGCUGUUGGAAAAUUACUACCGGCAGGCAGAGGAUCUUAUUAAUGAAACCCGGGAACUUAAAAUACUGAUUGAUGAUUCCGAAAGUAUCAUCUUUAUCAACUUAGACAGCCACCGUAAUGUUAUGAUGAGGUUGAACUUGCAGCUGACCAUGGGUACUUUUUCAAUCUCGCUUUUUGGACUGAUAGGAGUAGCAUUUGGUAUGAAUUUGGAAUCAUCAUUUGAAGAGAACCAUGGAAUGUUUUGGCUGGUGACAGGAAUCAUGUUCCUAGGCAGUGGCUUAAUUUGGCGGCGCCUGCUUACAUUUCUUGGGCGGCAUCUAGAACCUUCAGUACUUCCACCAAUUCCUGCUUUGCUGAAAAAAACGCAGUCAGCAAAUGGGAAAGUAGAGUUUAAGAACGUUUUUAAAACAGAAUCCUUUGAGUCAAGCAGAAGUACGAUGACCAGCCAAUGACAUGAAUACUCCAGGAUAUCUGAAUUUGAGACUAUCUUCCUGGAUUUCCUUUUUUUAAAAAUACAGCAGCCUUUAUCAUUUGACUGUGUUAUAUGCCAAAAAUACGAAGUUAUAAAUCUUCAGCUAUGGAGAGAAGGCUUCAGAGUUUUGUAUACCACAGGAGAAAAUCUGAAUCAUGAAGAUGUUAAAAAGCACCUCCUCCUCCCCCUUUUUUUCCAAACUAAUGCCUCCUUUAGGAAUUCUGAUGAAGUUCAAUCUUUUGCCAAUGUAAGGAAACUCUGUGUCUACCCUAAUAAUAGUGUCACUUGUAUUCCUUCACAGGCAUAGUUCAUAAAAGAUAAAAGUGUUGUCUACAUUAUUUCUAAAGAGUGAGAUAUAUUUAUGUAAAACUAAUGUUAUCUUUGAUAGCAAAUUCUUUCUUGAAAAUAAUGUAGUUUUCUAGAAUGUUAAUUUAAUGUUCCGUUGUCCACAUAUAACUGGAUUUUGCAACUAGGAAUGAGAG